AUGUUCAGAAGAGCUCUUUUUAAUACAAGAUUCACUCCAAGGAUAAAUCCCCUUCAAACUAGAUUCAUCUCUACCGAGAUUAAAGAUGCCAUCUCCAACGCUGUCAAAGCUACCCCAGUUGUGCUAUUCAUGAAAGGUACACCUGAAUUCCCUCAAUGUGGUUUUUCAAGAGCUACAAUCCAAACUUUGGGACAACAAGGUGUUGAUCCAACAAAAUUUGCUGCGUAUAAUGUCUUGGAAGAUCCUGAAUUAAGAGAUGGGAUUAAAGAGUUUAGCUCGUGGCCAACUAUACCCCAAUUAUAUGUCAAUGGAGAGUUUGUUGGCGGGUGUGAUAUUAUUAUGAGUAUGGCUCAGAGUGGCGAGUUGGCUGACUUUUUGGAAAAAGAGGGUGCUUUGGUUCCAGAAGAAAAGGACGAGGUUGAAAGUGCUAAUGUCAAACCAAAUAGAAAGUAG